UUCACAACCAAGCGUUAGUCCCCUACUGUUUAUUUAAUUUACACAUCACAUGACCACGAUUGUGUCAUUUAUUUUUUGAUAACGACUUUCAAAUCAGGUUAUCAUUUAUUAUCAUUUAGUAUAAUACACAGUUGGAAGGAAAAUAUGGCAGACAAAGGAAAUCCUCCACCCUACCCAGGUACAGGAGCGGGGUUCGAGCAGCACUCCAUGCAGAAUCCUGUAGCUGGACAGACAAACUAUGGUUUCUCAAGCCCACAGCAACCAGCGUAUCCUCCUCAACCAGGGUAUCCUCCUCAACCGGGCUAUUUUGUUGGACAACAACACACCAUGAAUAAUAUAGUGGUAGCUCAAGUUGGUGGAGGCAAUGUGUAUCAUGAACCAGCGCCUGUGGACUACUCGACACAAGCUUGGAUAGCAUGCUUAUGCUGCUUCUGGCCUACUGGUCUGAUCGCCAUUAUGAAAGCCUCGGAGUCACGUGACGCACUUGCACGUGGUGACCUUGCGGCGGCGAGGUCAGCAGCAAACCAAGCCCGACAAAUGGUGCGAAUCAGCUACGUCAUCGGCAUCAUUACUGUGGUCGUACUUGUUGUAUUCAUAGGGAUUCUAUACGGAGUCGUACUUACAUCGUCCACGUCCACGUGCUGUAUCAACGGCGACUGCGAUUACUGUUGAGACAAUCUAUAACGUUAAAUCAUCAUGUUCAAUCUGUUCAACAAAGUUGUCGUUCUUCACUUUACUUUCUGCUACAGAAAUAGCCUGGUUCCCGACAAAACUAAUGUUUUACAAAUAUUUAAACUAGGGGUGAGUAACAAGGCAUAUCGGUCUAUUACAGAAAAGGAAGUAGAAGAACGAAAACUCUGUAUGGGAGAUUGUAUCAUGCUAUUCAGUAUGGUUUAUAAUUUGAAAUGAACUUGAAGCAUAAUUUUGGAUUUUGACAAUAGACAUUUAAUUCACAUGUGUUUGGAGGCGGCAGUUAAAAACAUUUCUUUGAGGUAGUGGCGACGACGCCUUUAGAAUUGAUACCAAAGGAAGACAUCCAAACAUCGAUGGAAUAAUAUACAAUUGUUUCAUUACCAUUAUAAAUUUAUUAAAAAAUA